AUGAAAAGAUGUUCUCCUGUCCUCAACACUGCCACUGAAGCUGUCGGUGAAGCAGCCCUUCCAAUCUGGAGGGAACACUUCAAGAACUUGCUGAACCGACUAGCACCGUCAGCUCCUGAAGUCGAACACGUUCAUAGACCGACAUAUGCUGUUAACGAGGAGCCACCGAUCGAGUCGGAGGUCCUGGUCUGUAUUGAAAAAAUGAAGGAUGGAAAAUCUGGUUGA